ACUGAUGAUUUUAAUAACUUCUUCCACUAUAAUAUCUCCUAAAUCCAUAUCAAGCUCUAGUGUAGUUAUGCAUCACAUAUUUAUAAUAGUUUGCUUGAGCUAUUUAAAAGAGCCUGAAAAUGUUCUACCCAUCUUUUCCUUUGUUCUUCUCUGUAUUAAGAGUCUUUCCAUGUGUCUUUUGAAUAGGGCCUCCAGUACUGUUAAAGCUUCCUGUUAGCUUGGUUGAUAGUCUUAUACAAGUGUUAACUUACAGGCAGUCAUUCAUCUUUGACAAAGUAUUUCAAACCCUUUCCUCAGGCUCUGUCCUUGGUCACAGUGCAUUCCAUUCUUGGAUCAAGUGAGAGUGACCGCACUCCCUACAUCAGAUGGUCACUUUAUACAGUUCUUAGUUCUUGGUUUGAUAGGCUUCUCUAACCAGGUCAAACUAAUACAUCAAUUUGCCCAGGGGAUUUGGCUUCCUCAAAUGCAUUAUUACCCUCCCCCAGUGAUUUUAGUUCAUGAAGGAAACUCCUGUAACUCCGUCAUGGAGCAAUAAUACAAUCCCUAGCCCACAAUUAUACAUGCAACAUUUACAAAGUUGAUACAGUAGUCUUUUGAGAUUCCAAGUAUCCAUAAUAUCUCUCACAUCUGUACUGUAGCCAAUCCACAAAAAUCCAAAUUAAUACCAGAAGUAAUUUUCAAGAUGUUGCACCUCGAAAAAGACAGCUAAAGAUACUAACAUAAUCAUCAAAAACACAGAGAGAUAUCUCCUCCCAAAGUGAAGAAAGAGUGACAUUUUCAACACCUUCCAAGUUUUGUUGUCUAAGACAGCUGCAGAUUUAGUGAUUAGGUUUACAUGUACUCCCAGUUCUAGUAGCUACUGAAGCACUCCUCUUUGAACAUGCUGAGCUGUCACCAUUUUUUGAAUCAGCAAUCUGAAGGUUAGCUACAAUUACAAGUGUGCUUGUAAAAGCAUUUGAUUUGAUAUUGAGAAAAUCCAUGAGGAAUGAGGAGUGUCUAUGCUGAAGUCAAGCUAAAAAGCAGGACCUUCAGCAAUAGAGGAAAUGGGGGAAAGAUGCAAAGAAGAUCCUUGUCCCAGGGGAGAAGAAGAGCAUCACCAACAGAGUGGUGUCCCAUCCCCGCUCUGGAGCAGUAGAAUUGAUACUUCUUGUUCUGGAUUAGAAGAGAAUUUCAAGACAGGUUACCAGGAUUUUCCAGUGUCUCCAACAAUGAUAUUGCGCUCAAGAUUCCAAAAGCCUUCUGAGGUGAAGAUUAGAAAACGACAAAUAAGGUGUGGUAAAAAUAAACAGAAAAAAUCAACUGCAUCUCGGACAUCAGUGGACCAGGAAACAACACGUAAAUAUCAAAACCUAAAGAAAUCAUCAAGUAAAUGUGAAGCAUACCAACACUAUGACAGAAAGAAAUGUUACAUACUGACAAGGGACUCAAAAACUCUGCGUUUUGAUUUAGACGAGCAUGGUCAUUGUAAAAUAUCAAUUGAGGAUUCACAGUCCACUGAAGAUAUUGCAUGGUUAGACAUAUUCACAAGCAACAAACCAAAUAAUUGUGCUCCAGUGGCCAGAAAUGGAACUAAAAAACAUUGUAAAAAUUUGGUGACCAUGACCCAGCGAUCAAAAAAUAACUUUCUCCUACUGGGCAAGAAUAAGAAACAACUGUACCUGAAGGUCUUGAAUCCAAAUGGUAAGACAACAGAGGGUCGUAUGGUGGCAGGACGCAGCAUGGAAGUGAUUACAGGUGGAGCUCCUGACCCCAGGCAGUUGACUGAACAAGACAACCAGCUGUUCAUCAUGCAUAACAACCAAGAAGAUUCAGUUAGGUUUCAGUGUUACAAGGAUCAGAACUACUACCUUCAUGUGAACAAGGACUCCGUUGAUCUAUGCAAGAUGGAAGAAACAGAUGCUGAUACAGGAAAAGACUUCUAUUUCAAGGUGGCAUAUGUGUGAUACAUAGUUACCUAGGCCUUGCAAUGUCUCAAGUAUAUACGAAGCCCCUGAAAUGAGCCAACACAAAAUAGAAAUGAAAGGCGAUUGAAAUCAUGUGGGGAUCAAGUUCUUUAGUUUUGUGUAAAGUUUUUCUAUAGCCUCUGUUUCGAGAUUCACUAUUUUUGAUGUCUAAGAGAGAGGUCAGUUUGUGUUUUAAAUAUACUGUACCUGAGUGACAUAUGUAACUUAAAGGGGGGAUGGCUAGCAGUGUUUUAGAAAAAAGCAAUUUCUUGGUAACUUUUUUUUUCUUGACUUUAUACUUUAAAGGAGGCUGAUUUGGAAAGUGGGGAACACAACAGCAGAGACCCCAAGAUAGGAAGAGAAUCACAGAAAAGAUAAAAUAGAAAACACUUUUAAUAUUACAUUUUGUAAUAAGAAAAUUUGUUUCUUAAAUGUCCCACAUCAAUUCACCUGAAAAACAUGGAGAGAAAUAAUUAUUCAGCCACUACAUGUAUGUGAAUAUGUAUACUUACUUUCCUAAGGCUUUGCUGUACCAGCUAUUCUGCCCCUACCCUGGAGAUCUGAAAAAAAGAGCGUAAGGACAGAGGGCUAGUAGUUAAAGGCUAACAGCAAAACUAUUCCACCUUCUUUACCACCCCCUGAAGUAAAUCCAUUUGCCUCUCCAGGCUGCUCCAGCCCCAAUUCUUCAUCUUUCCACCCCCCACCAAAAAAACCAAUGGCGUGGCCUGAGAAUCCCACUGCAUAAGCAGGAAAAGGGUGGAUUGGGCAUCAUGGAAGGAUGUGCUCCUUGUGAACUUUGGUCUGAAUCCUACUCUGAAUCCUAGAGGGAAAUACAAUAGAGAAGGAAAUCUUUAGCUCAGGUACAGAGCAAAGUACAAAA